AUGAGGACAACAAGUGAGCGGUUUGAUUCGAAUCGAGAGUUGACCGAAGAAGAGACGACCAGGGUCUCUGGAAGCGACGAGACGGAAAAGAAUCCUUCCGCAGCACCGGUAUCCGAAAAGGAAGAAGGCAUGCCGGCGGGCACGAGAAGCGGGUCUAGAUCAGGAAAGCGCGAACAAACAGCUGUUGGGGCCGAACAAGGACAUCCAAGCUCUAGCGACACCGAGGACAUGAAAAUUCUGCCGCAAGGCGUGGACCAGAAUAAGGAGGAAGACCAGAAGGAGAUGGAGGGAGGGUGUGGAGAGGGGCAGCGGAACGGCGACGGGAUCGCACCCGGGACGACAUCGCUGGAGUUGUCUGGUGGGAGCGACAACCGCGUUCUCCAGGACACAGGGAAGCCUGACCGCCCAGCAAAACCGGCCGCCGUAGAGUUGAGCACCGCAACCCCAGAGCCAUCAGCGAACUCUCGUGGUUUUAUGGUCAAAGGAUCAGCUGGUCGUGAUAGCAAGGGAAGCAGUGCGGCUCUAUGCGUGACUUGGAGGGGAAAGCCCAUGGCGUUGACAGAACCCGUCUUGAUAAGCCUGAAAGAAUCAACCAUCGCACAAACUAGCGUCGAGCUUGAGGAGAAGGGCGAGAUGAAGAGCCAGCGACGGGAGAGCAUGUCGACUGGCAGUAAACGGGAAGCGACCGACAACCCGUGGUCGUCGGAUGAGGACUCGGAACCAGCACGUGGUCCGGCCUCUCAGGGACGCAGUGGAGACAGAAGGCGAGCAGCGACCGAAGAUACCGGAAGCAAGCUCGGGCCGUGCACCAGAGAGGGAACAGACGAUUCCUCUGCUCAGUGCAACGGCAGAUACUUGGAAGGGAAACACGCCGGCUCGAGAAGACUCGACACUAUGGAGAACGAGGAGGAACACCGCGCCGAAAGCAAAGACUCACAACGAAACGGUGCUCCACGAACUCAUCAUGACUGCAAAGCAUUGCCGAUGGUUCAGCGGGGUACACCGACUUCCUCGCGAAGGCCAACACGCCAAGCGGUUUUCUUGUCCGAGCCGUACUUCGGCCCGCCUAUCGCCGCAUGCCCACGCGCUUGGCCCACCGAGUCAUCAAACACAAUGGCUAGCGCAACAGACGGGCGUCACGGACACCAUGCCCGACGAAGUCACCGUGCUUGUUACAGUUCAAGCGCUAGCGAUGACUUGCAAGACAAGCUGUGGGCAGGGGAGCCGGCGAUGGAAGCGAAAGGUAACCGAUGA